AUGGGUCGAGCUGGGCCAGACCACUGUGUUAGUGGUCGAGCUAGGCCAGACCACAGUGUUAGUGGUCGGGCUAGGCCAGACCACAGUGUUAGUGGUCGGGCUAGGCUCGAGCCUGGUCACCAUAUAUUUUUCCACCCUGACCCGUGUGGACUUGUGGGCCCAUUUGAGCUCAGCCUCGGUGUACAUGAGUUUGAUUUAUGUGGUGUUCACUCAAAUGACUUCUAA